AUGUGGACAAAGAGGACACCUGGUUUGUUUCUGAUCCAUAAGAAGCGUGUGCCCCUGAUGUACCGAUACACUUUUGAGCUACAAUUGCUGAUUGAUGGAAGGCUUAUAGUGGGAAUCGAACCUACGACCACACUGUCGCCUCCUCCAUAA